AUGGAUUCAACCUUGAAGUCCACUUUCGAUGAAAAUGGUUGGGUUGUUAGAAUCAGUCGAAAACUGGACGAAGAGCUUGAAGAAGAAAUUGAAAUCCCUGUUAGCAUCUUUAAUGUCCCUAAAACCCUUUUGAAUAGCCAUCCCAUUUCCUAUGUACCCCAGCAAAUUGCCAUUGGCCCGUACCACUAUUUUAGUCCCGAGCACUAUGAAAUGGAGAGAUACAAGGUUGCAGCAGCUAAGAAAAUUCAGAAAGAGAACCAAAAUCUCAAGUUUCAUCAUGUCGUUGACCAGUUCAAGAAGCACGAGCAAAGGAUUCGGGCUCACUAUCACAGAUACCUCAAUCUCAAUGGUGAAACUUUAGCUUGGAUGAUGGCUGUGGAUGCUUCUUUCUUGCUUGAGUUCCUGAGAAUCUAUGCUGUGAAAGAAAGUGAGGUAUUGACUCGAAUCUCUUCGAGCAUGUCACAUUUUAUCGAUGUUGCAGGCAAAAAGUCAGCUCAUAAUGCUAUCCUUAGAGAUAUUGUGAUGCUAGAGAAUCAAAUUCCACUCUUCCUGUUGAGAAAGGUGUUAGAGUUCCAACUUUCAUCACUAGACUUGGCGGAUGAGCUGCUGAUUUCGAUGCUGACCGGGUUCUACGAAGAGAUUUCUCCAUUUAAGGCUAUUCAAGAAUCGCCAAAUCUUGAAGUCAUGACAAAGAGUGCUCAUUUACUAGACUUCUUGUACCACACCAUCGUGCCCAAAUUUGAAGGACCAUCUGGGGAAGCAGAAAUUGACCAAGAACAUGAUGAGGUCAAGGAGGGUGAAGAACAUUCCUCCCAGAAAUCGAGCCAUGUCAAAAAACUUCUUGACAUGGUGUGGAACGCACUGUCUAAGUUGGAUUGUGGUCCGGUACGUAUGAUUAAAAGUAUUUUGCUCUCAAAACCGAUUGAAGUUAUCUUGAAGUUGCCUUGGACGAUUAUCUCUACCUUUCCGGGGUUAAGAUUGUUGAAACAACCUAUCGAAAACUUGUUCUUCCCUCUAAAUAAAGAAGAGGGCAAGGCAGAAAAUGAAAAUUCUAAAGCUGGAGAAAAGUUUGAAAAACCUCCAUUGGUGGAGGAAAUAAUUAUCCCAUCAGUCACUGAACUUUCUAAGGCCGGGGUUCGAUUUGUUCCAACUCAUGCAGGCAUUUCAAGCAUCAACUUUGAUGUUAAAACAAAGACUUUUUAUCUCCCUGUGGUUUGUUUAGACGUUAACUCGGAAGUGGUUUUAAGAAACUUGGUGGCCUAUGAAGCAUGCAAUGGCUCAGGGCCAUUGGUUUUUACUCGGUAUACAGAAUUGAUGAAUGGGACUAUUGACACUGGAGAGGACGUCAAGUUUCUCAGAGAAAAAGGUAUAAUUGUGAACCAUUUGAAGAGGGAUGAAGAAGUGGCGAAACUGUGGAAUGGCAUGAGCAGAUCUAUCAGAUUGACGAAGGUGGAGCUUUUGGAUAAAGCCAUUGGAGAUGUGAACAAGUAUUACAAUGGGAAGUUCAAAGUAAAAUUCAAGAAAUUCGUGACAAGAUAUGUCUUUGAGUCAUGGAAAUUUUUAACAUUUUUUGCUGCAAUUCUGAUGUUGCUUUUGAUGUCUGUACAAGCGUUUUGCUCUGUCUAUAGCUGUCCUCGAAUAUUCAAUCGGGUCCAAAACUUUCAGUGAUUA